CGCGUCUCGGUCCCCAUGGCGCUGUGGCGUGGCUCUGCGUACGCGGGUUUUCUGGCGCUGGCCGUGGGCUGCGUCUUCCUGCUGGAGCCGGAGUUGCCGGGCUCUGCGCUGCGCUCUCUGUGGAGCUCGCUGCGCCUGGGGCCCGCGCCCGGGCUGCCGGGACCUGCCUCCCCCGAGGGUCGGCUGGCGGCCGCCUGGGACGCACUCAUUGUGCGGCCGGCCCGGCGCUGGCGCCGCGUGGCCGUGGGAGUCAAUGCCUGCGUGGAUGUGGUGCUUUCAGGGGUGAAGCUCUUACAGGCACUAGGCCUGAGUCCUGGCAACGGAAAGGAUCACGCCAUUCUGCAUUCAAGGAAUGAUCUAGAAGAAGCCUUUGUUCACUUCAUGGAAAAGGGAGCCGCUGCUGAGCGCUUCUUCAGUGAUAAGGAAGCUUUUCAUGACAUUGCCCGGAUUGCUUCAGAGUUCCCAGGGGCCCAGCACUAUGUAGGAGGAAAUGCAGCUUUAAUGGGACAGAAAUUUGCAGCCAGCUCAGAUUUAAAGGUUCUUCUUUGUGGUCCAGUUGGCCCAAAGCUGCAUGAACUUCUUGAUGACAAUGUAUUUGUUCCACCAGAAUCCUUGCAGAAAGAAGAUGAGUUCCACCUCAUUUUGGAGUAUCAAACAGGGGAGGAGUGGGACCAGUUAAAAGCUCCCCAUGCCAACCGAUUCAUCUUCUCCCACGACCUCUCCAAUGGGGCCAUGAAUAUGCUGGAGGUGUUUGUGUCUAGCCUGGAGGAGUUUCAGCCAGACCUGGUGGUCCUCUCUGGAUUGCACAUGAUGGAGGGACAAAGCAAGGAGCUUCAAAAGAAGAGACUCUUGGAGGUUGUCACUUCCAUUUCUGACAUCCCCACUGGUGUUCCCAUUCACCUCGAGCUGGCCAGUAUGACCAACAGGGAGCUCAUGAGCAGCAUUGUGCAUCAGCAGGUCUUCCCUGCAGUGACUUCCCUUGGGCUGAAUGAACAGGAGCUGUUAUUUCUCAGCCAAUCGGCAUCUGGCCCUCACUCUUCCCUCUCUUCCUGGAGUGGUGUUCCUGACGUGGGCAUGGUCAGUGACAUCCUCUUUUGGAUCUUGAAAGAACAUGGGAGGACUCAGAGCAGAGCCUCAGACCUCACCAGGAUCCACUUCCACACACUGGUCUACCACAUCCUAGCAACUGUGGACGGACACUGGGACAACCAGCUCGCAGCCGUGGCUGCUGGGGCCCGUGUGGCAGGGACACAGGCCUGCGCAACGGAAACCAUAGAUGCCAGCCGAGUGUCUCUGCAGGCGCCCCGCGAGUUCACCACCUCCCACUCGGAGGCAGGCUCCAGGAUCAUAUUAGACCCUAAUGAGCCAGUAGUGGAGUGGCACAGGGAGGGAAUAUCCUUCCACUUUACACCAGUCUUGGUUUGCAAAGACCCUGUUCGAACUGUGGGCCUCGGAGAUGCCAUUUCGGCUGAAGGACUCUUCUAUUCAGAGGCGUACCCUCACUAGCAGGAACCACAAGGAAGGAGAACUGGCCGACUGUGGAAUUACAGGAAGGUGGUUGAUUGAGGAGGAUGUCAGAACAGUUCCUAGAUCUAAUUGGAGGACAGCCAAAGAAACAACAGCAGAUUAAACUGUACCAGAUACAUUCCAGCCUGCUGGCGAUUACACACAUUCAGCUUUUAAUCCAAGUUUUAGUUACUAGUAAGUCUGGACUUCUGUGUUUUUUUAUGUUGUCUGUUACAGGGGUGAAAACUUGAUGGCCAUAUCCCCAGUUACACGGUCAUCAGGUGUUUUAAGGCACACAUCCGGUCAGAGCAUGUCAGCAGGAGAAAGCCCCCUCCGUGCCCCUUGGGACGUGCAUGCUCGCUCACCCACCUCCCACCGGUCUCUGUGGAGCCUCAUGGCCGGGAUCAUGAUUUGCGUUCAGUGUUACCGUGGACACAUUUCACGGGCAUAGCUUCUCAGUCUCCUGCUCUCAACGUUAGGGCAGAGGACUGAGCUUCCUCGGGCAGCAGAGGCCUCUGAGGGAGCCGUUCAUUCUGCAGUGGCCUGGAAGCCUGGCACGCCGCAGGAUGGCAGUGGGCGCUGAUGGGCCGUGCCCUCCUGCUCAGCUCUCUUGGCAGGAGGCAGGUGCUCAGAGGCCCCUGUGUCCUUAUUGCCCAGCUCUAGGCCAAUGUCCUGCAGAAGACUGGUCUCUGUUCGUUCUCACCCUUGCUGGAAUAAGCUUUUACAACUGGAAUCUGCUUAUGUGUGUGUAAUAGAUCAUGUUGUGUUUUAUGUUUUCGUUGACCCACCACAUCCAUUAAAGAGGUUGACCUCAUAAAAGCCUCAGAAUCAUGAAUAAAUUUGCCAUUUUAUGUAUUUAUUUUUAUUUUUUUUUAUAAAUCAAGGAGACUUCUCUGUGCUUUUAAAUAUAUUAAAAAACAAUUCACAUUUCAGGAAA